CAGUUGAAUAAACAAAUCGACGAGUGCCCGAAGAGGAAGGACAUAUAUAGGAGGCUUUCCGCUAGUUUCCAUUGUCAGACAAAUUGGGGACAAACGUACUCAAUCCUCUUUACAACUUCACUGAAAAUCUUGCAAACCGAGGAACGAACAGAAGUUAGAAAGAAGUAGAGAGCAGGGAGACAAAAGAAGGGAAGAAGAAAAUGGUGGGAAUGAUGGGAUGGGGAGGCCAAGAGCAAGGAUGGAGGAAAGGGCCAUGGACGCCUGAAGAAGACAAGUUGCUCAGCGAGUACGUGGGCUUGCACGGGGAGGGAAGAUGGAGCUCCGUCGGUCGAUCUGCUGGGUUGAACAGGAGUGGCAAGAGUUGCAGGCUGAGGUGGGUGAACUAUCUCCGCCCGGGCCUCAAGAGAGGCCAAAUCACACCUCAGGAGGAGGGCAUCAUCAUCGAGCUCCACGCUCUCUGGGGCAACAAGUGGUCGACCAUAGCUCGAUACUUGCCCGGACGGACUGACAACGAAAUCAAGAACUACUGGCGAACUCACUUCAAGAAGAAGGACAGGUCCGCCCACAAACAAGAAAGGCGAAGCCGAAGAGCUCAAGGCAUCAAGCAAAACUUGAAGCACCAUCAACAGCAACGGCAGCAACAAGAAGCGCAAGCAGAGUCGGAGGCUGCCUAUGAGAGCGAAAGCAUGCCCUCGACCCUUCAAGCAGAGCCGAAUGAUCGUCAGGAGAGAAUUAUGGAGGAGACACGAGCGGUGAAAGAGGCAGUGCCCCUGCACGCCACCGCCGAGGAUCAUUGCCUGCCGGUUCAAGAAGUCCCGUCCUGGUCGGACUUCGUCGGAGAUCAGGUGCUGUGGGGUGGGCUUUGGAACUUCGACGAUACGCACUGUCCGUUUGAUCAGCCAAGCAAUUGCAACAAGACGGCCAUGCAGAAUCAUGCCUCAGGUGCAGGGUUUUCUUGUGAUCUCCAUGGUCGAGGAUACUACAUCUUCCAGGGAAAUGUUGUCGACUUUUAGCUGUAUUGGUGUCCUAGAUUCAUAAUUCUAUACUUGGAAUAAUUGUGUUUUCAUCACCUUCCCUAGUUGAAGAAGAUUCAAAUAAUUGUUUUCCUUUUAAAAAAAAAAAAUAUUAUGUAAUUUUUUAACUUGAUGAAUCCUCUUGAAUGUAUACAUAAGUUGAUUCUUAAAUUAGGAAAGUCUCUGGAA